AUGCUGCAGCAGGUCCCGCGUCUGGUGCUCGCCGCUGCUGCUGCUGCUUGUUGCUGCUGCAGCUGCAGCCGCUGCAGCAGCUGCAGUCAAAUGUUCCCGAGGGCUCUACUACCUCAUCGCGUGCUGCCAACAGGGACAGGCUGCAGCAGCGAAGCAGACGGGCUGCAGCAGCAGCAGCAGCAGCAGCCUCAGCAGCAGCUUCAGCAGCAGCAGCAGCCUCAGCAGCAGCUUCAGCAGCAGCAGGGGGGGCUCCCUCUGCUGCAGCAGCAGAAGGGGGGCUAG